GUUAAUAAAAACUUUAAAAUUUACUCUAUUUUUAAUUAUGAAACAUAUUUAUUUUUAUUUUCUUUUUACUAAUUCCUUCUUUUUUUACAAAAUCGAAAUUAGGCCCACAAUAAUGAUGCAAAUAAAUGAAGCUCCAUGAGUUCUUUUAUCAAGAAAUAACAUAUAAAUAAGGAAUAAAAAAUCGUAACCGACAAAAACAUCACGAUCAUGAAUUUAAUUAAAUCCAUUUUAAUUUUUAUUCUUGCUUGCCUCAACGUCUCUGCAGUAAUUGCAGUAAAAGUUCCAUUUGACGUUUAUCCUCCAAAUGAUGGUACUAAAAGUUAUUAUGUUAAAGGAGAAAAUGGAGUAAAAAUUUUUGUAGAUGAAAAAGGAGAUCCAACGAAAACAACAAUUCUCUUUUCAAGUGCAUUUCUCCAUUCAAGAACAACUUGGGAUCCACAAUGGUUUGACCCCGAAUUAAAUAAAAAAUUUCAUCUCGUAAGGUAUGAUUAUCGUGGUUUGGGUAGGAGCGAUAAACCCGAUAACGAGAAUUCAUAUUCAUACGAUAUAAAUGGCGAAGACCUUUCCGCUGUGAUUAGGAAAAUUUCUUCUAAAAAAAAAAAGAAAAUUGUAUUGGUUGGAUGGUCAUUGGGUAUACCUAUAACUUUAACUUUUAUGAAAAAUCAUCCUGAUAUGAAAAUUGAUGGCUUUAUAGCAGUUUGUGGUCCCGUUAAUGAUACAAUAAUAAACUUAGUUGAUCCUCCUCUUAGUAAUAUAAUUAAAAAAAGUUAUGAUAAGGUUUUUCUUGGAAUAGAUGAGUUUAUGAAAUUAUUUCCUUUUAAACCAUUUAGCGAUGAAUUACAUGCAUAUUUAUUGGGUAAUGCCUUUACGUCUACUUCCGGAUAUCGUAAAACAGUUACUAAACCAUUCAAUUUAGAUGAAUUUUAUAGUUCUUUAACUAUACCUACUUUACAUAUCAUUGGAGAAAAGGAUGCAUUGCUUAUUAUGGAACAUAGCCUUUAUUUUGCUUCUUUGAAAAAAAAUAGUAAAACUAUUAUAUAUAAGAAUAUUGGUCAUAGUCCUUCAUGGGAAAAUACUAAAGAAUUUAACAAAGAUAUGAUGAAAUAUGUUAGUAACAUUUAAUAGUAUUUUAUGGGAAUUUGCAAUUGUGCUGAGGUAGCGAUGCUCAAUUCCCAGUAAAAAGUCAUUGUAUAAAAUUUAUAUAGUUUUUGUUUAGUUUCUGUAAUAAUUGUCUAACUUUCGUUUAGUAUUUGUUAAAUUUAAAUACUUUUUAUUUUUUUUGUAAAA